UUAAACAAUCUUCUGAAAAAAUUUCUGUUUACCAAAUUGAUGACCAAAAUAAUUAUUUAUUGCGGCAAACUUAUUCUACUUCCUCAAAAUGCUUGGUACCUAAUGAUACAACUUUAUCUUGCAUAACCUUAUCCAGUACUUUCAAUCGGAUAAAUAGAAAUUAUACAAUUGUUGCUGAUAAUAACUUUGCAAGAACAUUGCAAAAUAGUGAACCUCUUCGUGGAAUUAAACGAGAUAUUUGGAGAGUUGUAACUCAGAAAACACAUGAUUCUAUUAUGUCUGAAUCAACAAAAGCACUUUUACGCUUAAAUUCCGAUGGCCGUUUGCAAUAUUUAAAAAAUUCUAGUAAAUUUAAUGAAGACUUGCUUAACCAAACAAAGGAAAGCAUUCCUUUGAAGACAGAUAAUAAACAAUUAAGAAUAUCCAAUACUCAAUUAGAUCCUUCUGACUCUUCUAAACUUUUAUUAGAAAUUUCAAUUAAUAAGGCAACUGACUCUUUGAAUGAUCAAGGUGUAAAAGAUAUUAUUGAUGACUUGGAUGAUAUUAUAAAAAAUAAAUACAUUAGUGCUCUUUCCGAUAAAGAUUAUAUGAAAUUUAUUGAUGAAACAUAUGGAUUUAAACCUACAA